GUCCGACCUUUCGCGUUCCCCCUCGCGUCGCGUCCAUGGCCAAGAACCCCAAGGUGGCCAAGAACCGCCGCCCCACCCGGAGACCUCGCGCCGCCCCCUCCGCGACGGACAUCGAGGACCUGGCGGCGCCGCCGGGUUCCAGGGCGGCAGUAGGGCCCACCUCGGCCACGGCCACCGCGGCGAUGCGCGCGGAACUGCUGCUGUGGUACGACGCCAACCGGCGCGACCUGCCAUGGCGGCGCGCCGCCACCGAGCCGGGUCGCGGGGAAGAGAGGGCGUACGCGGUGUGGGUGUCGGAGGUGAUGCUGCAGCAGACGCGGGUGCCCGUGGUGGUCGACUACUACUCCCGGUGGAUGGCCCGCUGGCCCACCGUGCACAGCCUCGCCGCCGCCACGCAGGAGGAGGUGAACGAGAUGUGGGCAGGGCUUGGGUACUACCGGAGGGCCCGAUUUCUGCUGGAGGGAGCAAAGCAAAUUAUUGAAAAAGGCGAGUUCCCACGCACAGCAUCUGAACUCCGUCGGGUUCGUGGCAUUGGGGAUUACACAGCAGGCGCCAUUGCUUCCAUAGCCUUCAAUGAGGUUGUCCCUGUUGUGGACGGCAAUGUCGUUCGAGUUAUCAGCAGGCUUUAUGCUAUUCCUGAUAAUCCAAAAGAAUCCUCAACAGUGAAGAGAUUCUGGGAGCUCACUGGUGAACUGGUUGACCCUUCAAGGCCGGGAGACUUCAACCAAGCAAUGAUGGAGCUAGGAGCAACACUCUGCAGCAAGACAAAGCCCGGUUGCUCCCAGUGCCCUGUCUCUAGCCACUGCCAGGCGCUCACACUUUCCAGUCAAAACACUUCACUCCAAGUUACUGACUUCCCACGAGUGGUUCCCAAAGCCAAACCACGCUGUGAUUUUGCUGCUGUCUGUGUUGUUCAAAUUGCACACGCGUUGGAUCAAGGUGUGACAUGCACGAUGGACAUGGAUAAUCUCUUUCUGCUGAUCAAGAGGCCAGAAGAGGGCUUGCUCGCUGGGCUCUGGGAGUUCCCAUCUGUUCUUGUGAGCGAAGGGAAGACUGAUGCGAUGAACAGGAGAAAGGAGAUGGACAAGUAUUUGAGGCAGCUCCUUAGCAUAGAUGUGAAGCGGAGAUCCAGUGUGAUCCUCAGGGAAGAUGUUGGCCAAUAUGUUCACAUUUUCUCACACAUUCGCUUGACAAUGUUUGUGGAGCUGAUGAUUUUGAACCUCGAAGAUGAUGCGAAACAAUUAUGCAAGGAGGGACAAGAUAGCACCAAACUGAGAUUCAUUGAUGAAAAUGCAGUCGAGUCAAUGGGUUUGACAUCAGGAAUUCGGAAGGUGUACAACAUGGUCAAGGCCUUCAAGGACAAAAGGCUGAAAGAGCAGAGCCAAGUAACAACGAGGAAAAGAGGUAGAGGGCUGAAGUAGCUGGUUUUCAAGUGAUAGAGAGCAAAUGCUAGUAACAGAAUUUCAGAAGCAUCUAGUACUAAUUGCUGAUAUCGUCAUGUAUGUACCCCACUACCCCUGCUCACUUAAAUUGCUAGCAUACUGCUGCAUUGUGGCAAAGCUGACAAGGUGUUGGCAGUGUUAUUAAAAACUCCUGGCAGUCACUGCUGAAAACUCACCUUUUUUUGGUUUAUCAAGGCAUGGUUCUUGAAUAUUGCUUAAUUCCUGAGCAAUUCAUUCAGACUCAGAGCCUUUCUAUUUACAAUCAUUUGCAACCAAAACAAAAAGGAAGGGGAGAAAAAAAAAAGAUAAAACAUGAUGCAUUCGCCGUUUUGCCUUAAUAACAUGUCAGAUGUUUUGUAAUUUGUAUCAUCUAUUCAAUGUUAUUACAUAUCCAUCCAUUUAUCUCCAGGGUAAGGGCUCCUU